AUGAGCGCACAAUGCCAUAGCGCGAGCGAUACCACAUCAUUGAAUUCCGAAAUAACAACGUAUCGCUAUGAGAAUGGACGACGAUACCAUGCAUACAAGGACGGAGCUUAUUGGGCUCCGAAUGAUGAUAAACAGAAUACACAGCUAGAUAUCGCCCACCACAUGUUUACAUUAUUGCUGGAUGGCAGGUUACAAUUAGCGCCCACCGGGAAUAGCAUUCAGAGAGCACUUGACAUUGGCACCGGUACUGGUAUUUGGGCCAUUGAUUUCGCGGAUGAACACCCCUCUGCCGAAGUCAUCGGUACGGAUCUGUCGCCCAUCCAGCCAAGCUUCAUCCCCCCUAACCUGCAAUUCGUGAUUGAUGAUGCGUCGGAGGAUUGGAUCUAUCCUGCGAACUACUUCGAUCUGAUUCACACCCGUACUUUGUACGGAGCAAUUGCGGACUGGCCACAAUUCUACCGCAAAGCCCUUAGACAUCUGCGUCCUGGAGGAUGGUUCGAUCAACUCGAGAUGUCCAUACAAUUCCGAUCAGACGACGAGACAUUAACGGAGGACCAUGUGUUAUCAAUCUGGUCGAAGACGUUCAUCGAGGCCGGUGAGAAACUAGGGAAGACUUUCCGCAUUGCUGAGCUAGCGGCUGGCUAUAUGCGAGAUGCAGGCUUUCAGAAUGUUGUUGAGCACCGGUACAAGUUGCCGGUGGGUCCGUGGAGCAGAGACAAAAAGCUGAAGAGUCUCGGGAUAUGGAAUCUAGUUCAUUGCGAGCAUGGCAUUGAGGGCUGGGCUAUGGCCUUGCUUACGCGGGUAAUGAAGUGGACCUUCGCGGAAGUACAGGUUUUCUUGGCUCAAAUGCGCAAAGGCCUGCGGGAUCCAAAUAUUCAUGCUUACUUUGAAGUCGUCGCAGUUUAUGGCCAGAAGCCUAUACACACCGUUUAG